GCGGAAGUGUCGUCCAGAUAGCGGCUUCCUUCUCUUCCUCGAGCUAUAGUUUGAAAAGAUGGCAUCGCGCAAGGAGUCCGCAGCGACGACGAAUUCCUCCGGCGGGACCUCCCAGGCUGCUGGGAACACCCUGGACUCGCCGGUGAAGCUCAUACAGAUAGAGGGGCUGGUGGUCCUGAAGAUUAUCAAGCACUACCAAGAGGAAGGUCAGGGCAGUGAGGUGGUGCAGGGUGUUCUUCUGGGGUUGGUGGUAGAAGACCGGCUGGAGAUCACCAACUGCUUUCCCUUCCCUCAGCACACAGAGGAUGAUGCGGACUUUGACGAAGUUCAGUACCAGAUGGAGAUGAUGCGCAGCCUGCGUCACGUCAACAUUGACCACCUCCACGUGGGCUGGUACCAGUCCACCUAUUACGGCUCCUUUGUGAGUCGGGCCCUCCUGGACUCCCAGUUCAGCUACCAGCAUGCCAUCGAGGAAUCAGUUGUGCUCAUUUAUGAUCCUAUUAAGACUGCUCAGGGCUCACUGAGUCUGAAGGCCUACAGACUGACCCCCAAGCUCAUGGAGAUCUGCAAGGAGAAGGAUUUCUCACCUGAAGGGCUGAAGAAAGCGAACAUUGGCUUUGAGCAAAUGUUUGAGGAGGUUCCCAUCGUAAUCAAGAAUUCCCACCUGAUCAACGUGUUGAUGUGGGAGCUGGAGGAGAAGUCAAUGGUGGCUGACAAACAUGAGCUGCUCAACCUGUCCAGCAGCAAUCACUUGGAGAAGAGCCUGCAGAUGCUGAUGGACCGAGUUGAUGACAUGAGCCAGGAAAUUGUAAAGUACAACACCUAUAGCCGCAACCUGAGCAAACAGCAGCAGCAGAAGCACCAGUACCUGCAGAGGCGCCAGCAGGAUAAUGCUCAAAGGCAGUCCCGUGGGGAGCCGCCAUUGCCCGAAGAAGACGUGAGCAAGAUGUUCAAGCCCCCCCAGCCGCCUCCCCGGAUGGACACCCUCCUCAUUGCAGGACAAAUCAAUACUUACUGCCAGAAUGUGAAGGAGUUCACAUCACAGAACCUCGGCAAACUGUUCAUGGCCGAAGCUCUCCAAGGCCACAGCAGCUAGAGGAGGCCAGAAGAGGAGCCCUCAGACAGGGGGUCUUAAUGCUCCAGGGAGGUGAAAAUGAGGCAGGACUGACGCUGGUCUUGUGUCUCGAGGAACUCAAGACACAAAUGAAAGGAAACAAAGAAGAUGUUCGGAACUCUUCUGUGUUUGCUCUUUAUUCCUUGGGGUGACCUGUUAAUUGGAUAUAAAUAAAAGUAUUUCCAC